CCUCACGCCCGAGAUCACCUUGUCAUCCUCCUCGUCUCGUCGCCGGCGAUGUCGUUCCUAGUGGACUGGCUCUUCGACGUGCUGGCGUCCCUGGGGCUCUGGCAGAAGGAGGCCAAGAUCCUCUUCCUCGGCCUCGACAACUCCGGCAAGACCACCCUGCUCCACAUGCUCAAGGACGAGAGGCUGACCCAGCACGCGCCAACGCAGCACCCGACGUCGGAGGAGCUGCUCAUCGGGCGGAUCAACUUCCGGGCCUUCGACCUCGGCGGCCACCGGAUCGCGCGCCGCGUCUGGAGGGACUACUACGCCAGCGUCGACGCGGUGGUGUACAUGGUGGACGCCGCCGACGGCGCCCGCCUCGCCGAGUCCAGGGCGGAGCUGGGCGCGCUCCUGUCGGACGACGCGCUGGCCGGCGUGCCGUUCCUCGUGCUCGGGAACAAGAUCGACGUCCCGCAGGCGGCGCCCGAGCGCGAGCUGGCCUACUACCUCGGGCUCGCCGGAUGCACCACCGGCAAGGGCGCCGUCGACCUCACCGGCACCGGCGUGCGGCCCCUCGAGGUCUUCAUGUGCAGCGUCGUGCGCAAGAUGGGCUACGGCGAGGGGUUCAGGUGGAUGUCGCAGUACAUCAAGUAGGGCGGAGUAAAUGG